AUGGAGGAUUACCAUAAAGAAAUGGAGGUUGCUAUGAUAAGGGCUAAUAUCGAAGAAGAUAGAGAAGCUACGAUGGCUCGGUUUCUGGCUGGGUUAAACAGGGAUAUAGCCAAUGUAGUGGAGCUUCAGCACUAUGUGGAGUUAGAAGAUAUGGUGCAUAUGGCAACGAAGGUGGAAAGGCAGUUAAAAUGCAAGGGGGCAGCAAAGUAUACUUCGGGUUCUGGUUCAUCUUGGAAGUCGAAUUGGAAGAAGGAUGACAAAGUUGUUCCUACGGAAACACUCAAGGGACAUAUUGCUUCACAAUGUCCAAACAAAAGGACCAUGCACACGUAUGACAAUGGGGACGUGCUGACCGACAGUGAGAGUGAUGAAUUAAUGCCUUCACUUGAGGAUGCUAGUGAUGAUGGGGUUGAAUAUCCAGUGGAGGGAGAGUCACUUGUGGCCAGACGUGCCUUGAAUUCCCAAGUUAAAGGAGAUGACAUGGAGCAGCAAAGGGAGAACAUCUUCCAUACUCGUUGUCAUAUAAACAAUAAGGUAUCCAACAUGAUUAUAGAUGGGGGAAGUUGCACAAACGUUGCAAGCACCACAUUAGUUGAGAAAUUACACUUGUCUACCAUUAAACACCCUAGACCUUACAAGUUGCAGUGGUUGAAUGAAUGUGGGGAAGUUAAGGUUAACAAGCAAGUUUUGAUUGCUUUUUCAAUUGGUAGAUAUAGUGAUGAAGUGCUGUGUGAUGUAGUCCCAUUGCAUGCUGGUCAUAUACUUUUGGGGAGACCUUGGGAAUGUGAUAGAAAGGGAUUUGAGGAUGUGUUUCCUGAGGAUGUUUCUAGAGGGUUACCUCCCAUUAGAGGCAUAGAACAUCAGAUUGAUCUCAUUCCUGGAGCUGCCAUUCCGAACCAUCCGGCCUAUAGAAGUAAUUUGGAGGAGACAAAGGAACUUCAGAGGCAAGUUGAAGAGCUCAUGGCAAAGGGAUAUGUUAAAGAGAGUUUGAGUUCUUGCAUAGUUCCUGUACUUUUUGUUCCUAAAAAAGAUGGUUCAUGGAGGAUGUGCAUUGAUUGCAGAGCUGUGAACAACAUAACGGUUAUUUUUCUUGGUUUUGUUGUAAGUGCACGAGGAAUAGGGGUUGAUGACGAGAAGGUAAGGGCAAUUAAAGAGUGGCCAACACCUAAGAGCAUAACUGAGCGUUACCUUAACUUUGAUAAAAUUUUUGAAAUUGAGUGUGGUGCCUCGGGAGUUGGUAUAGGAGCUGUUUUGAUGCAGGAGAUGCGGCCUAUUGCUUAUUUCAGUGAAAAGUUAAACGGGGCAGCCUUGAACUACCUAACAUACGACAAGGAGCUUUAUGCACUUGUGAGGGCGUUAGAGACUUGGCAAUACUAUCUUUGGCCCAAAGAAUUUUUCAUUCACACAGAUCAUGAAUCUUUGAAGCAUCUUAAGGGUCAAGAAAAGUUGAACAAAAGACAUGCUCGAUGGCUGGAAUUUAUUGAAACCUUUCCGUACGUCUUCAAAUACAAGCAAGGUAAGGAGAAUAUAGUUGCAGAAGCCUUAUCCCGAAGGUAUGUUCUUCUUACUUCUCUAAAUGCAAGGUUGCUUGGUUUUGAGUAUGUCAAGGAAUUGUAUGCCAAUGAUCAUAACUUUACUGAUGUGUUUGUUGCUUGUGAAAAGGGAGCAUUUGGUAAAUUUUAUAGAGUUGAAUAG